UUCUAAGACAAAUUCGAAUUAGUAUGAGUUCAUAUCACGUCAUAUUUCAAUAACAUGAAGAUUUUCUAAAACUAUAAGCAAAUGUGAAAUGUUUAGUAAUUGAAACUUAUAAAAAAUGAUUAAAGAGAAAUGAUUUCUCGAUUAAGUGAUUGGUUGAGUUAUUAAAAGAUCAUAUAUUUAUUAUAUUUUUUUCUUAUAUAGUUUUUAAAUCAUUAAUAAAUAAUUGAUAAUAAUUCACUAUAUUAUUCACUAUACAUAUUAAUUUACUGAAGAAAAAUGCCAAAUAUCAGUGAAAAAGAAAUAGUGGCUAUAGGUAAUGUUUUAAACGAUGAAGGUAGACCGCUUAAGGAAAGGUUUCGUGCAUUAUUUACUUUGAAAAAUAUUGGAGGUUCAAUAGCUAUUGAACAAAUACGAAAAGGCUUUAAAGAUAAAUCUGCAUUAUUAAAACAUGAACUUGCAUAUUGUCUUGGUCAAAUGCAGGAUCCUUUAGCAAUAUCUAUUUUAAUUGAAGUAUUAAAAGAUGAUAAACAGGAACCUAUGGUCCGUCACGAAGCAGGAGAAGCAUUGGGUGCUAUUGGAGAUAUGUCAGUUAUACCAUUAUUAGAUCAGUAUAGUAAAAGUCUUAUACCUGAAAUUGCAGAAACAUGUGAAUUAGCCUUGAAACGCUUAAAAUGGUUACAAUCAAAUGAUUGUGAAGAAAAUUUAUUAAAAAGUCCAUAUAUGUCUAUUGAUCCUGCUCCGCCAGCAGAAACCACUGAUGUUCAUAAUCUAAAGAAAACAUUACUAGAUGAAAAUAAAUCAUUAUUUGAUAGAUAUCGUGCGAUGUUUGCUUUAAGAAAUUUACAAACACCAGACAGCAUCCUUGCUCUCAGUGAAGGAUUAAAAGCAGGUAGUGCUUUAUUUAGACAUGAAAUUGCAUUUGUUCUUGGUCAACUCCAAGAAGAAAUUUCCAUACCUUAUUUACAAGCUUCUCUUGAAGAUAUAGAAGAAAAUGAAAUGGUACGUCAUGAAUGUGCAGAAGCAUUAGGAGCUAUUGCUACUCCUGAUUGUCUCCAAAUUUUAAAUCAAUACCUUCAAGAUAGUAAGCAGGUUGUGAGAGAAAGUUGUGUCAUUGCUCUAGAUAUGUGUGAAUAUGAAAACAGUUUAGAAUUUCAAUAUGCUAAUACACUGACAAAAAUUAAAGCAUAGUACAUGAACAUUAAAUCAUAAAUUAUGGUUGAUGUUCUUCUAUCUUCUGGAUAAUAAAAAAUGCUUUGCUUUGCAGAAAAAUCCAUAUUACAUAAAAAAUAAGUAAAAUACUACAUCUUACAUAUUUUGUACUUAUGUAUAUAAUGAGAAUUUAUAUCAUGUAAUAAAGAUAUUCAUAUGACAAAUAAAUGAAAUGAAGA